AUGAAUAAAACACACACUCAAAUUGGCACAGGAAAAGGAGAUGAAGAUUCAGAACCUAAUUCUAAAAUAGCUAAACUAGAUUGUUCUCUCUCAACUUUAUCAUCAAAUCUCGACUGUCAAAUAGCAGACGAGCCAUGCUCCAAAACCAAGUCCAACUCGCUCAACAAUUUGCUCAAUACAGGUUUUUUAAAUGAUGGUUUGAUGAGCAAACUUCAUAAAGAUUUUGUAUCAGGAACAGAUCAUGUCAAUGAUUCCUUUGGCAUAACUCUAAGCUGUGUGCCCUAUCGACAUUGCUUGAUACCUGAUUUCAUUAUUGACAAAGAAUAUAUCCAGACAUUACAAUCUGUUCUGUUAGAUCUUCCAAUGAAAAGAAAAAAUAAUGAUCUCUAUACUUUUCUUCAGAGUGUUGAACUUAAUGAUAGUCCUGAUCCAACUAUUGCAACAUUCAGGUCAUUGUGUAUGUCUGUGAAACAGUUUGUUUCAGAAGUGACUGGGAUAGUGCUCAAUGACAAAAUUGAUUUGUUCUGUUCACAGUAUAAAUACAAAGAUGUUUUGCUUUGUCAUGAUGAUGAACUAGAAGCACGCAGAGUAGCGUUUAUUUACUACCUUGUUCCUGAGACUUGGCAGAAAUCAGAUGGAGGAACAUUGGAUUUGUUUAGCACAGAUGAGUUUGGACAGCCUGGAGCUAUUAUCAAGUCCAUAGUUCCUGUCAGAAAUAAUUUUCUGUUCUUUGAAGUAUCUGAGAAAUCUUUCCAUCAGGUGUCUGAGGUGUUGUCUAAGACGACGACUAGACUCUCUAUUAGUGGCUGGUUUCAUGGUGCGCCACUACCCAGACCAUUACCUUAUGUGGAAGUCCUAGAGCCAGCCUUGCCAUUUGGGAAUAUUGAUGAAGAAAUAUUUUACUCUUGGUUCAACCCACUGUACUUAGACCCUGAGGUUCAGGCUGAUAUAAGGAACAAAUUUGAAGAGGACUCUGAGAUUGAGCUUCAAGAUUUCAUUCAGAAAGGUAAAUACAAAAGUCUUGAGGCUGCCCUGAAAGAUCACAAAGUAAAUUGGUCUACUUUAGGACCUGCUAAUAAAAGGCAUUAUUUUGGAGCAGAUAAAAGUAGCCUUCCACCAAUAGUGUCUGAGUUCCUUCAGGUUAUGCAGUCAGAUGCUACAUUCCUUGUGAUGUCCAGUUUGACAGGCCUCAAACUGCAUCCUCUGGCUCCAACAGAUUCGGAUGAAACUGAGCCAAGCUCAUCAACAUCAAGCAGUAACACAACAUCCGAGGCCUCUAAUCCCCGGUGUAAGAGUGAAGUACGUAGAUGGCAGCAUGGAUGCUACACUCUGGCUCACGAUACUGACCCAGACAUGACUGACUUUGCUUUGGAUACUAUUUUAUAUAUUGGCUGCGAGAAAGACUGGGACAGUGAUUGUGGAGGGUAUACAUCCUACAUAGCUAAAGGAGAGGAUGAAGAGUUGUUGUCAGUGUUUCCUUCAGGCAACUCACUAGCUCUGGUGUACAGAGAUAAAAACACUGUCAAAUUUGUAAAGCAUCUGAAUCAUAAAAUAACUGAGACAUCACCUGCUUGUUUUUAUGAAAUAAAUACUGUUUAUUAUGAAUGAAAAGAAA